AGCACAACAACUUCUCUGCAACAUAGAAUAUUGCAAAAUCUGAAUUCAAAUUUAUUUUAAACCAACUCAAAAAGGCCGCUGGGAGCUUCAAUAAUCAUUAAUCAAUCGCCAUUAGUGGGCGGGAAUAAGUGCAGCUCGUUUUCAAAAUCAGUACCCAGAAACCAAACAAAUUGAGUACACAUAUUUUGAAUAUAAAGAAAAAGCUGAAGAAAGUGGAAAUUUUCAGAGGCUCUUGAUUGAUCUUGUUCAGGACUUGGUAUCCACAAAACAAGCACAUGCUUCUCCCUUUAUAAUAUUUUCUGGGUACCCAAAAAGAUUUGUGCAGCCUUAUUUUAUUCAGCUUCUUCUUCUUCUUCAGGCUGGAAUCUUAAAUCUCAAGUCUUCAGCUUUUGUCUUCGUUUUAUUUGUUGCUGGCUUUCCAACUAAUCUCUGGGUUGGUGUGGUAUCCAGUCGAAGAUGGACAGUCUGUGAUGUGCUAGUUGGGGAGCUAGAAUAAAACAUUAGAUGGACCGGAAGUGGUUGUGGAAGAAGAAGUCUUCGGAGAAGAGCUCCGGCGGUGAAACUGAAAGUUCUGGUUCGGUGUCUUCUCAUUCUGGGAGGUGCUCUGACGAACAGCAGGAGGCACUUAAGGAUUCUCCAAAUCAUGAUUCUCAAUCACCUGAAGUCACAUCAAAAGCUGUAUCCAGUGGUCAUGAUGUUAAUGAUAGUCUGAAGAGUCUGACAGAGAGAUUAUCAGCUGCUCUUGUGAAUGUUAGUGCCAAAGAAGACUUGGUGAAGCAGCAUUCCAAAGUUGCUGAAGAAGCUGUUGCAGGCUGGGAAAAGGCUGAAAAUGAGGUGGCUAGCUUAAAGCUACAACUUGAAGCUGCAGUUAAGCAAAAAUCAGCUUUGGAAGAUCGGGUAAGCCAUCUUGAUGGAGCCCUCAAGGAAUGUGUUAGGCAGCUUAGACAAUCAAGAGAGGAGCAAGAGAAAAAUAUACAUGAAGCUGUGGUGGAGAAAACCCGUGACUGGGAGGCCACCAAAGUGAAGCUUGAAAAUCAGAUUACUGAUCUCCAGACAAAAGCAGAAACUAAUAGAUCUGGAGUUUCUGCUUUUGUUGCUCCUCAUCUUUCACAUAAGCUUGAAGCUUUGGAAAGGGAAAACAAAACCCUUAAGCUUGAGCUACUGUCUCAGGCAGAGGAGUUGGAAAUCAGCACAAUUGAGAGGGAUUUGAGUACUCAAGCAGCUGAAACAGCCAGUAAGCAGCAUUUAGAGAGUAUAAAGAAGGUUGCAAAGCUUGAAGCUGAGUGCCGGAGACUAAAAGCUGUGGCUUGCAAAAUUCCUUUUGUUAAUGAUCAUAAAUCCAGUGCUGCUUCCUCAAUGUAUGUGGACUCUUGCAUGGAUAGUCAAUCGGACAGUGGAGAGAGGCUAAGCAUGAUGGAUAUCGACUCCCAAAAGAUGAAUGGCUCAGAUCCAAAUAAGCGUGAUCUGGGCGUCUCUGACUCAUGGGCAUUGGCCCUGGUUGCGGAGCUUGAUCAAUUUAAGAAUGAAAAAGCAGUCAACAAAAAUUUGCCAGCCUCUUCUGUUGACAUUGAUCUCAUGGAUGAUUUUCUUGAGAUGGAACGACUUGCUGCAUUGCCGCAGCCUGAAAGUGAAACUGGUUGCCUGGAAUCAGAAGCCAUAGUUAAUGCCUCCAACAAUGAUGAAAUUGCCUUGAGAGAUGAACUUGAAGCUAUGAGUCAUCGGACAGCAGAGUUGGAGUACAAGUUAGAAAAGUUGGAAGAAGAGAGAGCUGAAUUACAAGUCAUGAGUCAUCGGACAGCUGAAUUGGAAUACAAAUUAGAAAAGCUGGAAGUAGAGAAAGCUGAACUUGAAGCCACAAGUCAUCAGACGGCUGACUUGGAGGACAAGUUAGAGAAGUUGGAAUUAGAAAAAGCAGAACUAGUAACCAUGAGUUAUCGGGCAGCCGAAUUGGAGGAGAAGUUAGAAAAGUUGGAAGGUGAGAAAGAAAAGUUGGAAGUAGAAAAAGCACAACUAGAAUGCAUGAGUUAUCGGGCAGCCGAAUUGGAGGAGAAGUUAGAAAAGUUGGAAGGGGAGAAAGAAAAGUUGGAAGUAGAAAAAGCACAACUAGAAUGCAUGAAUUAUCGGGCAGCCGAAUUGGAGGAGAAGUUAGAAAAGUUGGAAGGGGAGAAGGAAAAGUUGGAAGUAGAAAAAGAUGAAUUGGAAACUGCUUUAGCGAAAAGUAAAGAAUGUUACGUGGCGUCAGAAUUUCAGCUUAAAGAAGCAGAAAUGAUGUUGGAGGAGUUACAGAAGGAACUAAAAAUUGCAAAAGAGUCAAAGCUGAGUAUAGAGUCUCAGCUCAUUAGCAUAGAAGCAGAGACUCGGACAAUGUCUGCUAAGGUUAACUCCUUAGAAGCAGAGGUUCAAAGGGAGAGGGCUUCAUCAGCGAAAAUUUCUGUCAGAUGUCAAAAUUUAGAGGAGGAGCUAUCAAGAAAGAAUGAAGAAGUCGAGUUUCAGAAAACUGCUUGCUCAAAUAGUGAAUCAAAGAUAAAGCAGGAAGACAUAGCUGUAGCUGCUGGAAAACUUGCUGAGUGCCAGAAAACAAUAGCAUCUCUUGGGAAUCAACUGAAAUCACUAGCAACACUAGAAGAUUUCCUAAUUGACACCGCAAACAUACCAGAGUUUUCUGCUGCUGCGUCACAGAUUCCUAGAUCUGAUGAACACUGGAAGAUGCAUUCCAAUGGGACAUUUUCACCUAAAAGAGAUUCUGUGUCAAAACAAGCUGUUGAGAGUUCUGGACUUGCAAUAAAUAGGAAUGAGGAUAAUUCUCCACCAUCUUCAUCUUCGUCGUCCUCCUCUACUGUAGUGUCAACUCAUGUCAGCUCUGAGAAGAACCGAAAUGGGUUUGCAAAGUUUUUCUCUCGGACAAAGAGUGGGAUACGACUAGAAAUUUAGCUUAGAUUUUAUUUUUUUGUACAAUAGAACAAGAGGUGUCAUUGAUUUCUGGGUUUGUAUAACGGAGGAUUGAGUGCUUCAGUUCAUUUGAGGAGUUGCUAAUUAAAUGCUGAUUAAUUGGCACAUUUGUUCUUCAAGAGAAGGGUGAGACUGAUCAAACGUGGAAUGAAAGAGUUACUAUUUCUUGAAGAGCAAAAAAGAAAAGAAAAGA